AUUCACUGUGGAAAAUUACAUUAACGAACUUUCCAGUAACUUAAGUUUUUUUUAGAUCUCUACUUGCUGUCAGUGAACAUACAGCUUCCUAAUCUUAUCUUCGGAAAUAUUAAAUAGCAGCUGAACCCGAGCGCCAUGUACGACACUGUGGAGCCGAACGUCAUAGACGAUGAGAUGCUGAGAAACGCCGUGGAGGAACAGGGUCCACGGGAGGAAGCCGGCCACAUCGCCAAGAUGGAGGGCAUCAGCUUCAAGGACGUCACUAGCUUACGCCUCGACUUCAAAAACAUCCUGAAGAUAGAUAACCUAUGGCAGUUCCACCAUCUGACCAAGCUGCAGCUGGACAACAACAUCAUCGAGAAGAUCCAGGGCCUGGACACAUUAGUGCAUUUAGUUUGGCUCGACCUGUCAUUCAAUAACAUUGAGGUGAUCGAAGGCCUGAGCGCCCUCACUAGGCUGGAGGACCUCAGUCUGCACAACAACCGCAUCUCAGUCCUGGAGAACAUGGACCAUCUGAAGAAUCUGCAGGUCCUGUCCAUAGGAAACAACAACCUGACCUCCCUGGAAAAUCUUAUCUACCUUCGCCAAUUCCAGCAGCUGCGGACCCUAAAUCUGUCAGGAAAUCCACUUUCUGAAGAUGAAGAAUCUAAGUUAUUUGUGGCGGCUCAUCUGCCAGACCUGGUGUACCUGGACUUCAGGCUCAUCGAUGACAAUGUAAGGGACAUUGCUAAUGUGAAGUACCAGUAUUCUAUCGAGGAGAUGAAUCACAACGAGACCCUGGAGAGAGUGAAGCGAGAGAAGGAGGAGAAGGAUCAGCGAGAGCUGGACAAACACAAGGCUGCCUACGUGGAGAACCUGAACGGCCCCUUCCUUUUUGAGGGUAUGUAUGCGGAGGAUGUGGAGGGAACCCGGCUGUCAUCUCUUCCCGCUGUAGCUGAACUUGUGGAGUCCUAUAGGACUAAGUGCAGCGAAGUCUGCCAGAAUAUAUUCGAGUACGGUCUCAAUCACCAUGAGAAGAGAGACGCAGAGAUGGCGGUCUUCAAUGAAUGUCUGCAGGAAGCUGUGAGGGAAAACCAGGAGGCCGGAGCCAAGAAAAUCCAAGAAGUUCAAUCAAGGAACUAUGAGCUGCUGUAUGAGCUCUCCUCCCAGAUCACGGAUCAGCAGAUCCUUGAUGCCAAGUCAUUGCAGUACAGUCAGGAUGUGGCCCAGCUGAUGGAUGCACUGCUGAACCUGGAGAUACAACUGGUGGAUCAGCUCGAGGAAAUCAUUAAGGAGUAUGAGAGAAAUAUCGGAGAACUGGUGUCCACCUUCCUGGAAACUGCGCAGGGCCUAAUGGCUCAAGUCAGAGACCUGGAGAACCAGCAUCACGAGAAGCUCCUGGAGCUGUGCAUCAACAUGUUGGAGCAAGUGCUGAAGGGGGAGCUGGAUGAAGACAUGACAGAUGAACUUCGAGCGCUUUUUGUAGACAAAGACACAAUCAUUAACGCAGUCAGCGCCUCCCACGACAUCCACAUGCUGAAGAUCGACAACCGGGAAGAUGAACUGGUCACCAAAAUCAACAACUGGGCGACGGAUCUCAUACAAAAGGUCAGAAUUCGAUGUUUACAGGAGGUUAGGCAAGGGCGACGUGGAGACGGACAGUCCGACAAAGGUAGUGGUUGGGAUCUCUAUCAUGGCACCUUACGGGUCAGAACACGAGAUGUAGUCCUGGGAAUACAUGCUGCCAUAUAGUGUAUUGCUGUGCCAGGGAGAGCAGUCAUAGGGAAUUACACUGUGAAUGUAUGUAGCCCUUCACUGUGACAUCACCAGGGUGCGGGGCAUGUAUAAUCAUGGUUCCGAUCCCUUGAUCACAUGCAUAUGGCGGUCAUGCGAUUGCAUCAUGUGACCACUCCCUGGUGAUGUCACAGCGAGUCAUCGCCAGGAACUAAUCUUGUGCGUGUCUUGACUUCUGUCCAGGUUCAUCAGGAAGAACUGCGAAGGAAUCGGAAGCGGGUGGCGGAAAUCAACACCUACGUCGAUCACUUGAGGGAUGAGUUGGACAACCUUGACAUCCACGAGCAAAUAUGAGACUCUCUCCGACCAAUCGCGGGGGCUGCGUGUGGCGCCCACUUCCCCUGGUCAGACUGGAAAUGGCGCUGUUCUGGGGUUUUAUGGAGCUAAGAUAGUUUUUAAUAGUUUUUUACAAGCCCUAAUCGGGUUCCGCGUCACCAGUUAUAUCACAUGGCCGCAUCGGUCAAUGGCCCUUAUUCCCAUGUUAUAAAAUGAUGGUAUCAUUAGGAUAUGCCGCCACUUUAUCACUGCUAAGCGUCUCACCUUUGGGACCCCCACAGUCAAGAGAACAGGGCUGGACUGGCCAUAGACCCCACAGGGAAAUUUCCCGGUGGGCAGAUGCCUGGGGAGGGGGCCACUCAAGCCCUCCAGCCGGGUACAUAAUGAUCUGAUUCUCUUCUAUGUGCCUUGCCAGCGGCCGCAGGUGCCCUCCGGAAUUCAACUGUAUCGCCACCCUCAGGACAGUGAUACAGCAGAAUACUGUGGCGCAGGUGGCAGUAUUUUAUGCAACACUGUGUUAUUUGGUUCUGCUGGGGCGGUAUAUUGUUCUCCGCUAUGGUAUUGCUGGCCCUGCCUACUCGUGUGGCCCCGCCUUCUGUGAGUUUAGACCCACCCACAAUGUGGGGCCACUUUUAGUUUUUUUGCCAGGAUCACUUUAAGUUCCCAGUCCGUCCCUGCAUGAAAAUGAAGGGGAUGCUGAGUUUAUUUGGCACUACGUCCCCUUCAGUUUCCCCUGCCCAGUGCCGCCCCCAGGGCACUAAAGACGGCCAUUCUUUUCAAUUGGGCCAAACUUCACUUCCCUGCACAGCCGGUUGGCUUAGGCGCCGCUGCGCAAGAAAAAUCUGAAGAGGGGACGCAGGCGUAAAGCAGCACAGCAUCCCCUUCAUUCUCAGGAUUGGCGGGGGUCCCACUGAACAUAAAGUGAUGACAUAUCCUAUAAGCCAUUGUAAGGACUGAUGGUCCCGAUAUCGCAGCAUCUGUGCAGCUGCGGGUGUACAGGAGACGUGGCACCUUUUAUAAAUCCUUUCUGGUAUUUAUUUUUUAAGUUAUAAAAAAAAAUUGUGUUUUUAUCAUCUUUCCAUGAAUAUUUUGUAUUGCUCUGGAUCAUAAAUAACAAAAAAAGACAGGAAUCGAUCAGUUAAUAUUGACUAACAGUCUUCAACCCUUUUCUGUCCGCAGCUCCUAGGCAGACCUCUGCGUCUCCAUAGCUACAGACUACAAACAGCCCUGUGUAGUCAGGUCCUGCAGGUCGCUUCCUUUCCUCCGACCCCUACUUUAUUGUUAACCUACAGAAUGUAGGCGACAGCUGACUACACAGAA